AUCUGCAAAGAGGAACCUUCUCGAACGGCUUCUCUAACAUUCUCCGUGGUAGGAAUAUAUAAACCCAAGAUAACCAGAACCUUCUAUUUUGCAUCUUUUCUGAAUUCUUUACCAAACUUCACAACAUAUCCUUAAUUUUCUGCGCCCAAUCUCUAAAGGAAAAUGAGGGGAAGAAGUUACAGCUACAGCCCUUCUCCACCGAGGGGUUAUGGAAGAAGAUAUAGGAGCCCAUCUCCAAGAGGUCGUUACAGCCGUGAAAAGGAUCUUCCUACAAGUUUAUUGGUGCGAAAUCUCCGUCAUGAUUGCAGGCCUGAAGAUCUACGAGGUCCUUUUGGGCGGUUUGGUCCUAUCAAAGACAUUUACUUGCCAAGAGAUUACCACACUGGGGAUCCUCGUGGCUUUGGGUUUGUCCAAUUUGUGGAUCCGGCUGAUGCUGCUGAUGCUAAAUAUGAAAUGGAUGGUUAUAUCCUCCUUGGACGGGAGCUGACUGUUGUAUUUGCAGAAGAGAACAGGAAAAAGCCCUCAGAAAUGAGGGCAAGGGAGCGGGGAAGGAGUCGGUCAUAUGAUCGCAAGCGAUCUUCUUCUCGUUAUUCUCGUUCUCCACGAUAUGGAGGGACUUAUUCACGUAGCCCAGAUGAUUAUUCCCCUAGAGGGCGUUAUUCAAGGUCAAUAUCACCUAGUGAUAGGUCGUAUAGACGACACUCGUUUAGAUCACGCUCCUACUCAAGAUCUCCUUAUGGCUCAAGGAGCCGGAGUAGAAGCCCUUAUGGUAGCCGCAGCCGCAGCAUCUCCUCUGGAUAUUCUAGGUGACAUUAUUGGAGUUAUAUGAUUCCUUAGAGGAUCAGCAUCGUGUGUAUUGUAAAAUUUAUCUCUAGUUUGGAUGAAUUUUUUCUCUCGGCGAAGACUAGGACUUUUGUCUCUUGUAGACUGAAUUUUCUUGUUCCAUGUUGCCGUAUAGUCAGAAUACUCGCUUGAGUAUUAGGCGUGGUAGGAUUGUUUGUGUACCGGUGAAUGAAGUAUUGAGUUGUGUUCAAUUGUGUUUCUCAA